AAGUGGCGUCGCCGCACCGGAUGUGGGGCGGGGCCUUCCCCAAGAGUUUCCUAAAGCGAGAAAACCAAGCCGGCGCCUCUUGCAAUGGAGACGGUCAUUUCUUCAGAUAGCUCCCCAGCUCUGGAAAAUGAGCAUCCUCAAGAGACCCCAGAAUCCAACAAUAGCGUGUAUACUUCCUUCAUGAAGUCUCAUCGCUGCUAUGACCUGAUUCCCACAAGCUCCAAAUUGGUUGUAUUUGAUACGUCCCUGCAGGUGAAGAAAGCUUUUUUUGCUUUGGUGACUAACGGUGUACGAGCUGCCCCUUUAUGGGAUAGUAAGAAGCAAAGUUUUGUGGGCAUGCUGACCAUCACUGAUUUCAUCAAUAUCCUGCACCGCUACUAUAAAUCAGCCUUGGUACAGAUCUAUGAGCUAGAAGAACACAAGAUAGAAACUUGGAGAGAGGUGUACCUCCAGGAUUCCUUUAAACCGCUUGUCUGCAUUUCUCCUAAUGCCAGCUUGUUUGAUGCUGUCUCUUCAUUAAUUCGGAACAAGAUCCACAGGCUGCCAGUUAUUGACCCAGAAUCAGGCAAUACUUUGUAUAUCCUCACCCACAAGCGCAUUCUGAAGUUCCUCAAAUUGUUUAUCACUGAGUUCCCCAAGCCAGAGUUCAUGUCCAAGUCUCUGGAAGAGCUACAGAUUGGCACCUAUGCCAAUAUUGCUAUGGUUCGCACUACCACCCCCGUCUAUGUGGCUCUGGGGAUUUUUGUACAGCAUCGAGUCUCAGCCUUGCCAGUGGUGGAUGAGAAGGGGCGUGUGGUGGACAUCUACUCCAAGUUUGAUGUUAUCAAUCUAGCAGCAGAAAAGACUUACAACAACCUAGAUGUGUCUGUGACUAAAGCUCUGCAACAUCGAUCACAUUACUUUGAGGGUGUUCUCAAGUGCUACCUGCAUGAGACUCUGGAGACCAUCAUCAACAGGCUAGUGGAAGCAGAGGUUCACCGACUUGUAGUGGUGGAUGAAAAUGAUGUGGUCAAGGGAAUUGUAUCACUGUCUGACAUCCUGCAGGCCCUGGUGCUCACAGGUGGAGAGAAGAAGCCCUGAGCUGGGGGAAGGGGUCAGGCAGCACCAGGGGAUAUGCCCAACUCACUGCCUGCUGGAAGCUCUGUGGGAAUCAGAUGAAACUUGGGGAAAUUGUGACUCUGUUCCCUGCUCAGGGCCCCCUGCCCUUCUAUCUGGGAGCUAGGGAAGGUAUAGGGGGAGGAAGGAGAAUGGAUUUAUAGCUACCCUUACCCUCACACAUACACUUGAAAAAAACUUUCAGCCUAGCCAAUUCUAGCCCGUGUCUUCUUAGACAUAGCUCCCUUUCUGGGUGAACUAUAGGCUCUGUGCCUCUCAGACAAAUUCUGAUCUCUAAGAGAUCCCCAGACCUCACUUGCCUCUGCCUCCAUCUCGGCCCCGAUUCAACCCUAAGAUGAUAGCACAACAAAAUUCUUCAUAAAUAUAUUUUUAUUCACCUGUUCCAUGCUAUAUGGAGGCUAAGUCCAUUUAGUGACAUUUCUUCCCAUAAUGUGAGUGGGAAGGAUUGUGGGGAGGAGGGGCUUUGGGUUCCUGUGUUUGUGCAUAUGAAGGGAGAUGGGGGUUAGGUGGAGGAGGAGGGUAGCGUGGUUAGCUAAGGUUAUUGCUUUUUGUGGCAAAUCUAAUUAAAUGACAGGAAUCUCUUCA